AAUUUUAUUACAUAAUUUAAUAUACUGAAAAAAAUCCAUGACAAAAUGGCCAUUCCAAAAACAGAAAAGAAGGUAUUUGACAUAAUGAAGGCGGACGAAAUGUGGAAAAGUUUCAUCAAGUCCGAGGAUGAUUCGUCGAAAAUUUGGCAAAAAAACUGGGGCUGGAUCAUGGAUGAAUACCGGGAAUUAGAAAAAAAGCUAAAAGCGAAAAGUGAACAGUCGAAAUUCCUCACGGAAAUCUUAGAAGAAAAGAAGGAAGAUCCGAGAAAACUAACCGAUUUUCCAGAAACGACUAAUCACGAAUACGGCUGGAUAGGGGACCACGAGGCCUUCCGGUUAGAAAUUUACGGCUCCGAUAUAUUUAAAGCGAAACCCUUACCUGACAUUUAUCAUAUUCCAAAGCAUUAAAACAAUAAUAAUAAACAAUUUUAU